GUAUUAUAUUUUUUUGAAACACGGCAUUGCUUCGGUAACGUUUCGCGCUGCUCAUUUUUUCCUUUGUGUUGUACCGUUGUUGUAACGCGUUGGAACGGCAAACGGCGUUUGUUCGUAAAAUAUAAUACUGCAAUUAAUUCGGUCUCAAGUGUUGGACGUCCAUAAGAAAUGGAAUCAAACAACAAACCAUCGACGUCACGGAAUCUCCUAUCCGAUUCGUCGGAUGACGAUGAUGAACGUCUAGAAAAUAUGUCAACCGAAGAAAUAUGUCUUAAAAUUAAGAUGUGCCGUAACUUGUGUUUUGGAAACAAAAUAAAUGUUUCCAACGCAUUUGACAUUGAUAUGAUUGGAUAUUUUUAUUCUUGGCUGGAGAAAAAAAAAAGCUCAAUCUUUGAUGAUAAUGAUGUUACCUCGUUCCAAGAGAUUAGUGACUAUCUUGAAGCCUCAGCCAAAGUCUAUUCUUAUCGUGUUGACAAUUUGACAGAAACAACUAGUAGACUAGUUGAACAAUUUAAAGCCAUGAACUACAAAAAAAGUACAAAUCCAAUGGAUGAUAAUAAUGCACCGAAAAUUCAGAAACCAAGGAGACAAAGAACGAUGCUGACAACAAGUGAAAAAUUAAGACGUAAACCGAACGAAAAUGGAACUACUUUCAAUCCAGAUCUAAUAAACCAUACCACUUUUGGCUUUAAUUGUAAUGAAUUAUUUUCCACUGGUCGUCCAUCUAGCCAUCUUUUAUCAAUGUACUCCGGUAAAACCUUGGCAGAAGAAAUGAAAGAUGCUAAAGAUAGACAAAAAGAAUUUGAUGAAAAAAAAAAAAAUGAAACAAUACAAGUUGAUAGAAGUUUUUUACAUAUGAUGGAUGAAUUUAUUAAAGGAGGAGCUAUCUGCCCUGAAUUUAAAGGUUUUAUAGCCGAACGUGACAAAGUUGACGAUUCGAAAGAAGAUAAAUUAGACGGUAUUGAGUAUCGCUUUGAUCCUAAUAUUCAUACAUUUCAAAAUAAUUCGGAAGACUCUAUGCGUGAUGAUAAUGUACCGGAUAAUAAUGAACUUGAUCCUAAUUCAAAUGAUAAAGAUAAAGAUACAUCAGUACUUGAUGGACUUUUGGAAUGUAUUGAUAACGUUGAUAGAGAUUAUAGUUUUUUUAAUCCUAAGCUUCUUGCUAAUUGGAAAGGACCAAAGGCUUGGAAAGCGCAAGCCAUGAUGAAAGCAUUAAAAUCGUGCACUCCAAAGGAACGAAAAGAAAUUGUUUCAAAUAUUGAUGAAUGUACUCAGCAAAAUAUUAAAACUAAUAAGAAACGCAAUCAAGUUAAGCAUGAUAAAGUUAAAAUAAACUGGUUGGAAGCAAGCCAAAUAAAUGAAAUAUUUGAAAAUAAUAUUAAAGGCAAAGAACAAAUAUUAGCUCGUACACUACAAAAAUGGGAUCCACUUGAUCAUAUAUCUGAUACACAAACAAUUGAUGUUGAUAUUAAAUAUAAGUUUGAUUUUUUACAAUAUAUUGAAAUUAAACCAGAUUGGUGGGUACACAAAAACCGAAUAAAAGACAUUUGUUCUGAAGCUUCAAAUUCCUGUCAGAAUAUCAAUGAUUGUGGUGAAAGCAUUGUCGAAACAUCAGAACCCAUGGAAAUUGAUAAUGGAGACCCUGAACAGUCAACGAAUGAAAAUGAUGAAAAAAUUAUAAAUUAUAGAACUAAUGACAUAUUGGAUGUAUCUGUAGAGUUGAACUCUGAAGAUGAAGAUAUUAUGGGCAACAUUAAAUCUGAAUCAAGAAUGGAUAUAGGAGAGUUAAAAAAAGAAAUAUCUGAUAUUAUUGACGAAGAAUGUGUUGAAACUGAUCUUGAUAGUGAAUGGAGUUCAAAGUUAUCAUUUUUUAACUUGCUAAGAAAAUUAAGAAUUAAUGAACGCGACGGACUUUCAAUACCUAUUGUAUUUGUUGGCCUUCUCCAUUUGGCAAAUGAGCGAGGUCUGAGAUUGCUCGAAGAACAUUGUACCAUAAAUGAUAUGGAAGAAACAUUUAUUACCAAACCAAUGAAAUAAGUAAAUGUAAUUUAUGAUUAAAACCAUUUUAUAUUCAUUGUUUAAGUACAUAAAUUACAUUUUCUUUUUAGUCUGUGUACCCAUUUUAUAAAAGCUAACAUAAAAUUUAUAAUUAAGAAAUAUUUUAUACAUACCUAAGUAAAUUCAUACAACAUUUAAAAUAUAUAAUUAAUACUUAUAAUUUAA